GGCGAUCUGCCUUAUUUCCCUGUCCUUCCGGGUGGCUGAGUGGCGAUAAUGAGCCUUCCUGUUGUUGGUGUGCCUCCAUUUGGAUUGAGAGAAGAAGAAGAAGUUUUCCGCUUCCUGUCCAGAGACCCGCUUCUCUACAUCAAUCAUCAGAAUGCCAAAAUCAAAGGAAGUGCUGUCCUCCUCAUCUGGCAGUGACUCUGACAGCGAGGUAGAGACCAAGGCAAAGAGAAAGAAGACAUCAGCACCAGAGAAACCAGCGAAGAAACCAAAGAGCGGAGAGAGCUCCAAGCCCAGCGGCUCGUCAAAGGGCAGCGGAAAUGGAGACGACAACAUGUUCCAGAUUGGGAAGAUGAGGUACGUGAGCGUCAGAGACUUUAAAGGGAAAGUCCUGAUCGACAUCAGAGAAUACUGGAUGAACCAGGACGGGGAGAUGAAGCCGGGGAAGAAAGGCAUCUCCCUGAACCCGGAACAGUGGAACCAACUGAAGGACCAGAUCUCAGAAAUCGACGACGCCAUCAAGAGAACAUAAUCAUUCCACUCCUGGUGUCCUGUUGAACUCAUUCAACAAGUUGGUUUAAACCAGUUUUGUAAAAACAGAAAAAACGUCUGGGAUUGUUUUGUAUCAGACUUUAAUUUGUAGUUGUAUGGAUCUAGUGACGUUUGUGUGACUCUGUGUUUGAGCUGUUGUAGUGGGGGUGGGGUGGAGGGGCUUCAAUACAUUUCAGUUUUGUAUUGAAUAAUAAAAAUGAAGCACUGACUCAA